AUGCUUGCUACCGCCCCGAACCGCGGCAUCGUGUCGUUCUUCUUGAGCUUCCUGCUCUGCUAUGUGGUAAUCGCCCUCUACUUGCGAUCCAAAUGCUAUCGCGACCCAUCUUCCUUGUUCUUUAGACCCGAAUCUGCCCGCGUCCUGACGUAUUCUUCCUUUCGCAAAGCGCAAGCUCGGAAGUAUGCAGAUCUUGCUGCACUGCAUACACCGACAAAAUGGGCCGUCAACUCCACCGCUCCCGAGUUUUGUAUCGGCGUUAGCUCGGUGAGCCGGCAUGGUUUCUCCUAUCUAAAAGAAACUCUCGGGUCGGUGCUAGAAGGCUUAGAUGAACUUGAACGUCAACGGAUUUACCUCGUUGUUUUCCUAGCCCACACCGACCAGUCCCAGCACGAAGAUUUUAAUCAACCCUGGUUGCUCAACAUAGCUGACGAUCUUCCGACGUAUCCAGACGACCCAGAAACCCUCGAACUCGUACGCCAACUUGAGACGAAGGGCGACUACGAAGCUCACGCCCGAAAGCAAAAGAUUGAUUACACAGUCUUGUUAAGCGAGUGCGCCAGAGUCGAUGCUAAAUACACUAUGACCUUAGAGGACGACGUGAUCGCUUUGGAUGGUUGGUAUCACCGAGCUCUCGGCGCUUUGCAUACUGCUGCGAGAAAAACGCGGGAGCUCGGACGAGAUAGUUUCCUUUACCUGCGUAUCUUUUACGACGGUCGGCUCCUCGGCUGGAAUAGCGAGGAAUGGCCAUUAUACGUCGAGUUAAGCAUGUCGAUACUCAUUAUCGAAAUCUUCAUUCUGAUGAGUCUUCGCUGGCGUAUCGCCACGAUGCGUAAAACUCUGACCCUUCCGGUCCUAAUGCUGCUCUGCGGGGUCUGCACUCCUAUGCUGAUCGGCCUGUUCUUCGCAGCUGGUCGCAAUUGCAUGCUGCCAAAAAGCCCCGGGGUUCACCUUAUGCAUAAGUACGGCUGUUGCGCGCAAGGGCUCAUAUAUCCCCAGUAUCAAGUACUCAAUCACUUGCUUCCUUUAUACCGGGGGACUCACGAUACCCACGCCGCCGUCGACACGUUCCUCGAGGAUUGGGCUAACAAUCACGACAGUCUGCGUUGGGCGGUCACCCCUGUCCUGAUUCAGCAUGUCGGAGGCAAAAGUUCUCAUGGCGCCGGCGACCAGGAACUGGGCUCGCUUACCGACGACAUGCCGUUUGAUUAUUCAUUUGAAAUGAACGACCCGAUUAAGCUCGCUAAAGAGCAUCAGACAUGGCUUGCGGAGAUGUCGAUACGAGAAGCCACAGCUGAUCCUAAAAUGGCUCUGCUGAAUCCAUAA